AUGCCUUCUGCAUUGAUCUCAAUGGGCCGUCUUCAUACUGCAAAGUGCCCAACUGGUGAUCCUCCCACGACUGCUUCUCCUCCUGAUGAUCACACUGCCGCGAGUGACAACUGUGAUGCGUACUGUCGAUCAUUGAAUGAUGGCUUAUUCGGCACUAGGAUAUCGUACUGCAAAUGGUGGCUUCAUGUUGCUGUUUGCCAGGAUGGCGAUCAGCUCUGCGGCCCAUCAGUCUGUGGUAACUUCCCCACAACCACCACAACAACCGUAACGUUCGUGUCAACUACAGUGACUGCCGUGCCUACAACAGUGGCGGCUACUACUGCCGUGCCUACAACAGUGGCGGCUGCUACUACUGCCGUGCCUACAACAGUGGCGGCUGCUACUACUGCCGUGCCUACAACAGUGGCGGCUACUACUACUGCCGUGCCUACAACAGUGGCGGCUACUACUACUGCCGUGCCUACAACAGUGGCGGCUACUACUACUGCCGUGCCUACAACAGUGGCGGCUACUACUACUGCCGUGCCUACAACAGUGGCGGCUGCUACUACUGCCGUGCCUACAACAGUGGCGGCUACUACUACUGCCGUGCCUACAACAGUGGCGGCUACUACUACUGCCGUGCCUACAACAGUGGCGGCUACUACUGCCGUGCCUACAACAGUGGCGGCUACUACUGCCGUGCNNNNGGGUUCUAUUGCUCCUGCUACUACAGUGGCCAGUACUGCUCUUCCCACUACAGUUACGGUCACUACUACUUCGACGUAA